AUGGUUCCUGCAGACCCGCGGCACGAAGUAAGAGCCGGUCUAGAUGGAGGAGAAGAUAUGCGAAUUGACCCAGACACAGGUAUGUUUCUUGAAGUUGCGAGGCCGUGGGAGGAGUACAAGCCACUUGUUUCUACUGUAACAAGCUUCACCACUUUAAGAAGGCUUGUCUCUCGUUCCAACAUGAUGCUGCGUCUGGGAGGUACGUUAACAGACGAACCACUGGUGGCUACCCCUACUAUCUUGGUGAUAACUCUGUUGGAGAGCAAGACACUCGAUCUUCGAGGCGAUACAAGUAGGAGAGAGAAGGAGCGAACCACAAGGAGCACCGAAAAGUGGAGACUGAGAGUGGAGGUGAACGACGGAUACAGAAGAGACAGCUACAUUUAG